AUGCAGUUGCCAAUUAAAGCAGUUCUCUAUCUGGGAAAACAAGUUUUACCGUUUAACACUGAAAAUUUUAAUGAACUUUUGGAAACUUUAGUGUCUACAAGCACGAUUGAUAUACGAGAACACUAUAAAACAAUCAGGCAUUUAUUCACUUCUGAAACGGGUUUUCAAAUGGAAAUACUUGAUUGUCUUUCUAAAUAUUUGGAAGAAGUUAUACAGAAAGAACUGAAGAAAUCUAAUUUUUUCUCAUUUCAAAUUGAUGAUGUUAGUAUAAAUAAACAAUCCCAAUGCAGCAUUAUUGUUAGAUAUGUUCUGCCUGACGACGGACUAGUAAGAGAAAGAUUUUUGGGAUUUCAUCAGACUAACCCAGAUAAAAACCCUAAUGAUUUGUCUGAAAUGAUCAUGGAUUAUGUUGCACGCUAUAUGUUCCCAUCCAAACUUAUUGCUCAGAGCUAUGAUGGAUCUUGCAUAAAAUCUGAACAUUUAAAACUUCUUGAAGAAACCAUCAAAUCGAAAUCGGAUGCGAGUUUUGUCCAUUCCUCAGCGCAUAAAUUAAAUUUUCUAUUAGAGCAAAGUUGCAACGGCAAUUCAAAAUUCAGUGCAUUUUUUGCUAACGUAAGCAGUUUGCUAUCAUUUUUUCACCAGUGCGCCAAAUAUAGCUGUGUAGCUGAAACAUCUGCAGGAAAGGGAAUGGAGGAAGCUACAUCAACUUUAGACGUAUUGACUUUGGUCAAUAAUUGCUGGGACGAUUUGAAAGAUUUAUUUACUCAUAUUAUAGAAAAAACAGAUUCUGAUCCGCUUUUGAUUAAAAAAAGUAGGUACUUUCUUAAAGUAUUUACUGAUGAAUUUGAAUUUGCCUUGUUGGCCGCUAUUUUCGGCGACAUUUUUGACCUUACAGAAACUUUUUGUCAAGAGUUGCAAAAGGUGUCGUAUACCAAAAUCGAUAAUUGCAUAUCGGAGUUCAGUAAGGUUCAAAAAUUAUUGAUGGAGAAAAGAAAUAAGAGUGCAUUCCAAGAAUUAUAUUUUCCAACUUUGAUAAGAGCAACACCUUUACAUCCAGAACACGAAGACAUUUAUAAAAAUAUGUAUUAUGAAAUAUUGGAUACAAUAUUAGUGCAACUCAAUACACGUUUCGAGAAUAUAAAUAAAAUACGAAUGUUUACUUUAUUCCAUAUUUCCAAAUUGGGUAAGUUGCCCAAAGACUCGUUAUGCUGUAUAAAAGAGACGUAUCCAAACAUCUUUACCGAGUCCAGAAUCCAGAGACUAAAAACUGAAUUGCAACUGAUUUAUGCUGAUGAAAAAUAUCAAGUAACUAACCCACAGGAGUUGUUAACAGUUUUAAAUAACGACAGUGAUGUACUAAAAGAAUCCUAUAAAUUAUUCUGUUUAUUAUUGGCCAUACCGUUUACCCGGGUGGGUACCACUUCGUGUUUGGAUAAGGUGAAAAACUACCUGAGCAAAGCAAGCACUGAAGAAAGGCUUCCAGCGAUGGCAAACAUUUCAAUUGAAAAGGAUUUGGUAAAUGAGCUGAUAAACACCCAACCCUUUUAUGAGGAUGUUAUUGAUAGGUUUGCAGAAUUGACGAGCCCGAAAAUUGAUCUUAUACUCAAGAAAUAA